AUGAUCGGAACAGGCGAUCUUCGGCCGGCGGCGAUUUCUCCUCGAUGUAAUCCUCGACUAAUCCCAAUGCGGCUCCUCGGAUGGAUUGCCGUCUUUCUUUCAUCCUUCGCCUGCCUCUACCUGGCCGACGCAAAGACGCCCGCUGUGGCCUUCCUUUCGCACUAUAACAAGUACUGCCACAAAACCGUCCCGGAGUUUCCCGAAACCGCGAAGCCGAUGAAUUUGGAUAAUGGCGAGGACAUGAUCCUCCACUUCGACAUUGCGUACUUCACGGGCGGCAGUCAAAUCUUCCCAGGUAAAUCGUCGAUAGACUCCGAUGGAAUCUCGCUCUCUUUCCACCCGAAACGCCGCACUAUCUUCGUCACUGAAAAUCCCGACGUGCUCAAGCUCCAAGCGAGUCUCAAGUUCCACCUCCCUCCCCGAGGUUACUCGAUGUGGCACAACAACCGGAAUUUGAGAGAGAUCCGCUUCCGAGGGCCGAGAAUUCCUGUGAGGACCAAGGCCGUAGGGUUCGAGUUCUAUGGCUUCUGGUCUAGGAAGACAGGGGAGCUGUGUAUGGUUGGAUCUGGAUCCAGUCUCGGAAGCUCUCACGCUGUGAGUUUUGCUCCUUCUUCAAGUGUUGUUCUGAAGCUCAAGUACCCGGUUAGUGAUCCAGGGAACGUUAGUAGUUUGAUUCUUGGCUCUUUGGAGAGUGUUAGCCCUGGAGGGAGUUUGGAUUACUUCGAUCCUGUUUCCAUAUUGGCUGUUCCUCACUUUGGCGAGUAUAAGUAUUCGUUGAUGAGUGGAGGCAAGGGAAAUUGUUUGAGGAGAAGUAAUGGUGGAAUGGAAGAGAAUCUUCCUCUUGAGUUGAAGGAUCAAAGUGUAUGCUUAUCUCAGUUGUACCAGCAUGCAAGGAGCUUUGAACUGGAGUAUGGCAGCGAAUGUAGCGAUAGCUCGAAUGGCAGCAAAUGCAAUCCUCUUACUGCUGAUUCUCAGGGUUUGCCUGGUUUUAUGACUAUUCAAGGUAUUAGAUGUGAACCCAACCAUGGUAUGAGAGUCUUAGUUGGGUUUCCUGACUCUAUUGAAUAUUGGUCUCGAGCUUUUGGUUAUGGUAGAGUUUUCAACCCGAAUAAUAUGCUACUCGGUGAGGGAGCAUGGGAUGAAAAGGAGAAUAAGCUAUGUGUGAUAGCAUGUCGAGUCUUGGGGUUUCACCGUUCAUUGCAUAAUGCUUCUGUUGGCGAUUGCUCGAUUCAAUUGAACUUGAGAUUUCCCAAGAAGAUGACGAUUCAACAUAGGAGUAAUGUAGUUGGUCAAAUUUCGAGCAGCAAGAGUGUUAGUGAGGCAGGCUACUUUCCCCCAAUUGGUUUUCAUGGCACUAAGAACAAAGUAACGGGUCUGCCUGGGCUGAAAUAUGACUACACUAUGCUUGACUUGGUUGGUAAAUCUUGUGCUGAAAAGAAAAUCUCAAAAGGAAAAGGGACGUACCCUAGUCCUUAUUCCUACGACAUGAGAUUUGAUAUGUCAGUGACCAACAGCAAGGGAGAGAAAGCCGAAGGUGAUGCAUCACCUUUUUUUGUGGGUGAGCAGCUGUUUGAGCCAUACCGAAUGCACAGUGGAACUAACAGUCGCCUGAAUCUCAGUUACAAGAUCAGCUUCACACCAUCUUCUGAUUUUGAGCUUGGAGAUGAGAUUUUGUCUAAUAGGUCUGUUGAUUUCUCGGCUGAAGGUACUUAUAACAAAGAGAAUGGUGUAUUGUGCAUGAUUGGUUGCCGCCAUUUGGUAUCUCAUAUUAAACACCCUACUAGAAAUGAGACAACUGAUUGUAAGAUCCUUAUCACCAUGCAGUUUGCUCCUCUGAAUUCAAAAGUUAGAGCUGAUAUCAAAGGAAGCAUUGAAAGUAUGCGGGUCAAGGAAGAUCCUCUUUACUUUCGCAAACUUCAGAUAUCUUCGCAUUCAGUCUACAUUAAACAAGCCGCAGACUCCAUCUGGAGAAUGGAUAUAGAGAUUCUCCUCGUCUUAGUUACUAACACUCUUGCUUGUAUCUUUGUGGGGCUGCAACUUUAUCAUGUAAGUAAGCACCCUGACGUCCUGCCCUUCUUGUCUUUUGUUAUGCUUGUUGUUCUGACAUUGGGCCACAUGAUACCAUUGCUGUUAAACUUUGAGGCGAUGUUCGGAUCAACCUCGGGCAGACAGAAUGUGUUUCUCGGGAGUGGUGGGUGGCUGGAGGUGAAUGAAAUAGUAGUGAGGAUGGUUACAAUGGUAGCCUUCCUCCUCCAGUUCCGCCUUCUCCAACUUUCUUGGACUUCUAGGCAGACUGCUGAACGUCAGAAAAGCUUGUGGCUUUCUGAGAGAAGGGUUGUUUAUUUCUCCUUACCACUUUAUGCAGCCGGUGGGUUUCUUGCUUGGUAUGCACACCAGUGGAAGAAUUCCUACACAAAAUCAUAUCUUCGACCUCGUCAAAGGUUUUAUCAGCAGCAGCAUUAUCCUUGGGAUCAUUUCAAGUCUUAUGCUGGGCUCAUCCUUGACGGGUUUUUGCUCCCACAGAUAGUUUUCAACUUAUUUCUGAACUCGAGCGAAGAAGCUCUUUCCUUGCCUUUUUGCAUGGGAACGACUAUUGUCCGCUUGUUGCCACAUGCAUAUGACCUUUACAGGGCUCAUAGUUCCUCCUGGUACCUCGACUUGUCUUAUAUCUAUGCAAACCACAGAAUGGAUUUCUACUCCACAUCUUGGAACAUUAUCAUCCCUAUAGGUGGUUUACUGUUUGCUGCAAUCGUUUACUCGCAGCAGAGGUUUGGUGGCCGUUGCAUUCUUCCUAAACGAUGUAGGGGAACUUCUGAAUAUGAAAAGGUACCUACUGUCAGCAGUGAGGAAAUGACUACAUAUAGUCAACACUGA